AUGAAUUCUGAUUGUGCUGUGCCUGCUGGCAAAUGCCUCAUCAAAGGCAAUAGCUACAGCACCCCCAGCCAGUACCUGAGCCUUGAGAAAAACACCCAUAUGGUUGUUGAGGUGCCAGUAGUUUCGUUUGGAGUAGGCCACCUGGAAAACGCUCUGGAACACCUGAUAACCCUGCACCCAGUUAUCAGAGGAUCUCCUGACAUGCUUCUUGAGGCUAUGUCGCCAAGAGAACUUGCCCUUGUCUCGUGUUCAAGGCUGUGUUCUGAGUCAGAGUUUGUAAAUACAUCAGAAUUGUACAAAUCUUAUGUUGCAGCUCCGAUGGUCAAAACUUUCUGCCAAGCACUAGGAACUAUAUUUAUAGUGUGCACUUUGGAUCUGAUGCAUAGCUCUUGCGAAAAAAGGUUUAUCUCCACUGCCUUACAUACAUGUAUUUACAUAAGCAAAUGCUACCAGAAAACACUGAAAUCUGUGGGUUACCCAAUAAACAAAGCAGGAAGAGAAAUGGAAAAUGAGGCUAUUAAUGGAGAAAGCUUGUCUCUUAAACAAAGGUUGGCACGGGGCCACAAUCUUCAUGUCACCUUGAAGGGUGAUGUGAUCCGGAUUUCCAGAGAUGUAUCUGAUGAAGAAAAAACAGCUGUUGGCAGAAGAAAAAUCAAAGUGCACAAUUCAUUUCUGAAGCUUGGGGUCAACACCGCCAUGAGUUCUGUUCCUAAUGUUGCCCUAUUGGGAUCUGGUGGAGGGUUGCGGGCCAUGAUUGCACUUCAAGGGGUUCUGGGAGAACUUCAGAAAGAGGAUUUGUUGGGUGCUGUGAUGUAUCUCUGUGGAGUAUCAGGUUCUACCUGGUGUAUGUCAUUCAUCUAUGAACAUGAGGAAUGGCUGGGAAAGCUUCCUAUUUUGGAAGCAAAGAUGUGUGACAAUCUUGUAAAUCAAUCGUGGGAUCCCAGCAAAUCCCUCGAUGCCCUUGUAGAACCAAGUAAAGAGAAGACAUACUCCUUGACCGAUUUCUGGGGCUGUGUCAUUCUCUAUGCAAUGUUGCAUGAGGCAAAUUAUGGUCAUUUGUCCAAAGAAAGGAUGGUCUCUUUUAAUGGGGCAGUUCCUUACCCCAUCUAUGCAGCGGUGGAUUCAAACAAAUUAGAUGACACCAGUAAAACCCAUCCAGGUAUCUGGUUUGAAUUCACACCCCAUGAUGCUGGAUUCUUUCACCCUGGUGCAUUUGUUGACAUGAGGCUGUUGGGCAGCACAUUUGAGAAUGGUGUGCUGAGAAUACUGAAGAAUGAAAAAAACAUUUCUUACUUGAGAGGCUUAUGGGGAAGUUCAUUUGCAGAUCGCAAAGAAGACGUCAAGGAAAUAGAAGAUUAUAUCAAACACCUGGGAGAACAAGCUUCAGCUUCCAGUUGUCACUGUAUAUAUUGUCAGGCUGCUUCACAUGCAAUAAAGCUCCUGAUUCAUGCCAUGGAAGGGACGACACAUGAACAUCAGGACGAAAACAUCACAAACAUCAUGGAACUUCUUAAAGAUCAAGUAGGCAGCAACACCUACAACUUCCUCAGUUUAUUGAAGGACAAACACAACACUCUGGACAAGCCUGGAAGAGUGGCACAGUUUUUGACCCUGGCUGACAUGUUUACUCAAGAAUUUGCAGCUAGGACAUCUCCAUUCACGCAUCAUGAAGAAACAAAGAGAAGUAUUUGGGAUACAUUGAGAAUACUGUCAAAAACUGUUUAUUGCCUCUUCAAAUGGAAAUGGGGGACCAUCUCCAACUAUAUUUACAAAUACUCCAGCCUUCAUGACAAGAAUCUCACAGGCAAGGAAGAACUCCGUUUGGCCGACGCUGGUAUAGCCAUGAAUUCUGCUUAUCCGCUUGUCCUCCGUCCUGAACGGGAAGUGAAACUCAUUCUUUCCUUUGACUUCAGCAGCGGAAAUCCUUUUGAAACUGUCAAAGAAGCAGUCCUGUACUGCAAGGAAAAUCAUCUUCCUUUUCCUGAUAUUGAUGUCUCAGAGUUGGACAAGAGUAAAGACAGUCCCUAUGACUGCUACGUUUUCCAAGGACAUGAUUCUCCAACUGUCAUGCAUUUCCCUCUCUUCAAUACAGUGAACUGCAAAGAUAAAGUAGCUGAAUGGAGAGAACAAUAUUCCACCCUCAAAGUUUCUUACAAGGAGCAGGAGGUCAAAAACCUCCUAGAAGCAGCAAAAGCAAAUGUGAGGAAUAACAGAGGAAGAAUCCUGCAGGCGAUGAAAAGCAUGCAGGCUCCUUAACAGCUUUUCAUUCCAAUUUUGAGUUUGGAGGUUCUGGUCAACAUUUUCCUUUCGCCUCUUUUCUAAGUGGGAGCUACUCAGCACUACAUGAUUCUUUGCAG